AUGCAAAAGGAUCAGUUAGAUCUCAUGAAGGAAACUGACCAAAACUGUGAUUUAGAUUCGAAGGACUUCGAUAACAAUAAAGAAUGUGAUUUUGAUAAAUGUCGCUUGAGAAAGAACAGCUCAUCAUGUGAAGACACUAAAGAGUUCGAAUCUUUGAAGCUAUACGAUUCCCACAUACCUGACCACUUGAGACCUAAGGGUCUCGCAACGAAUUCCAGCGACUAUGAAGGUGAUAAUUCUGAUCAAGAGGAAAGUAAGCACAAAGAGCGCUUUACUGGAUUUGGUCUUGUUGGGGCGAAAAAGAAAGAUGAGCUUCCUAAUACAACCGAGAAUCCCUACGAAUUAUCAAGGAGACCAGUUCCCCCUGUGUACAAGAAGCCGGAAUCUCGUGGACCACUCACAGAAGAAGAGAGACAAAAAAGGUUGAAAGAGAUGGCCAAAAAUGCAGAAUGGCGACAAGAAAUUCGUAAGUCAAACAUCAAGGUUGCUUCUAUGAAAGAAGAUGAGGAGGCUGCGGAGGACUUGAGUGGUAAAGCCCCUAGUUUUCUGAGAAGUCAGAUCAACACUGCUGCAGCUGAUCUCACAGUUGAACAACGUUUGCAAAGAUUCCAGGGUGAUUCGAUGCGACUAUCAUUCAACGAUGUCCAUAAAGAAGGCGGUAAUCUUCAGUCAAAGGCCGAAACUACACGCGAGAGUCCGAAGACCUUGGUGGAUGAUGAAUGCGAGAAAAUGAAUCAAACACAGGAAGUGCCGGGAUUAGCACAGUAG